AUGCCCCGCCGAAACCCAUUAUGGCUCCGUCUGCCAGGAUCAUCCUCCCCAUCAUCCACGUCUACAACCGAGGAACUUCGCCUCGCUGCACUCUCUCCAUAUAACAAUCCAAACGAUGAAACCUCAUCAAUCCCAGAUUCUCUGGAACACUCUCCUGCGAAAACCAGCGACGAUGGAAGCGAGAUUUCUAGAGCAAAUUUCAGUUCCCCCACGAGUUCCCCAUCCAGAUCCCCGAAUAAGAAGGUAUCAUGGUCUCUAUUCGACCAGGUUUCUCUCUCCGGAGAGGAGUUUCUACUUCCCCGACGUUUCGAAGCCAUCGAGUUGAUUCCUGGAACAAGUACUCGUACUACAUUUGCAUCCUGCUCUGCAACAGAUCUCCUCGAGAGUGAACACGUCACAAUCCGUAAAAUAUCGUUGCAAGACCCAGCCACAGCUCGUAAAGAAUACAGAAAUAUAAUAUUGUGUCGACUACUUCCCCACCCAAACAUCCUCCCAAUUUCUGAAGCAUAUGAGGUGGAUUCUACUCUGUAUACAGUUUCUGAACAGAUGGAUGGACGAUUGAGUGAUAUUGUUGAAGAGAGAUUAACUCAUUUCGUGGUUGCCAAGAUCACUCAUCAAGUCUUGGCUGCCGUCGCAAUGAUGCAUCAGAAUGGAAUUGCACAUGGGGAUCUUACACUCAACACGAUUUAUGUCAACACUGACGCGGAACUUCGUCUCUCUUCCUACGGAAAAAGCGAUGACUCCUCCGAGCAUUUGGAUGAAAGAUUUCGAGACGACCUGCUCUCAAUCGGUGCCAUUGUUUCACGUUUUUUGAUGAACGAAGAGGAAAUGUUCAAGUUUUCCAAGUCCAGAAAUCAUAAGGAUAUUGAUUGGAGACUCGUGCUUGAGGGAAGCAGAGACUCGGGACUUUUAGACUUCAACGCUCGUUCCCUUCUCUUCCAACUCCUGGAAGGCCGCCAAACCGCCCGUGAUCUUCUCCGUCAUCCAUAUUUCAAAUCUUUCCGUGCUCCACAACACCAGACUGUCGAGCGAAAGCACACAGUCGUUGGACAGAAGACAUCCGAUGAAGUUCUAGAUAAACUUCGUGAAGAACUUCAACGAUUCAAUCCAUUCAAUAUGUCGGAGAUCAUGCUUUGA